AUGGGGACCUCUGCCCAGGAAUCGCCUAUCUGGAAGCAAAUCGACGACGCCGAGUACUAUCUAGUCAGUGGAUCGUUCGAGCAGGCGAUGUUGGCUGCUUUAUCCGUCGCUGAUCAAAUACGCACAGCCUCUUUGGAGAGUGCAUGCGACCAGGACGAGCUCCUGGAGAUGCUUGAAUCGACUGGGAUGGUACUUGUGCAGGCACUAAAAGAACUCAGGAGGACCCCUGAGAUGUUUGUUCAGCUUAAGACGAUGUUUGGUUCAGUGCCAUCAGUACCUGCUAGAGUUUUCCUUACAGGAGCUACCAUUCAAAUGGCAGCAGGAUCUGUAUCUGACCUCAGACCAAUCUUUGAGGAGUACCUUGCCAAUUGGAGAUAUACAAAUGAUGAGGUUUAUGUUUUGGAUGGAGGGCAUGACAGCGCUUCAAAUGGUUUUGUUGUUACAUCUGUUAUGUCAACUGGGCAGUAUUUUCAGGUGGCAGAAUUGUAUACAGUAACAUUCCUCUGUAUUGUCUCUCAAGAUAGUGAAACUGCUAUCUCAUGGGCAGAAAAAGCUGAUCUGACUGAGCAAAGACGACAGGACCUACUAAAAAAGCUUCAUGCAAUACGAUUAGCUGCAAAUAAAAAACUGUCCACUGUUGAAGGGGUAAAACAGACAGCAGAGAGGACCCUUUCUACUUCUACAAAUGGCUCAACACCAUUGCCACAUGAGGAUCCUUCAAAGAUAGCCCCUGUGUACGAUGGGCUCAAAAAGGUCCUAGUGAAGUCCGCUCAAUCAUCCCAGCAUGUUGCAAAUCAAUUUGAUCCGUUGUUCUGGUGGUUUCAUUCGAUUCGCCUGAAGUUUGGAAAAAUACAUAUUGUUCUACCAAGCGGUAAGUUAAUGUUUCUGUUCAUGCUGCUGUUCUCAGCCAUGUACAUGCUCCGAAGGAAAACUGCUGGCUUGAAGAGGACUGUGUUCCAGCAAGCUUCUUCUCUACGACGAGCAUUCGUUGAUGCACUUCAGCUUGCGUUCUCUGUCCAGAUGAACCCUCUAGCUGCUGUCCAACAAGUGCCACAAGCCCCUCGAGGAAGCUGGUUAUGA